UGCCUCUCGCUAUAGUCAUAUUCGCAUUCCUCGAAUCGAGGCAUGCACCAAAUACCAAUCAAUUAAUUUAUUUUAUUAUUGUUUUCUUCCAAAUUCCAAUCUCCAAUUUCUACACCGUUACCGGCGAUGGCCUCACUCUCCGAUCGCCGCCGUAUGCUUCCGGCGAGCGACGCUGAGCCUCAGCUAUCGGCAGAGACAGACUCCGUUUCUAACAACCACCGUGAGAAGCAGCGGCGAGUUGCCGGUAGAAACAGUCCUCGGCCUCGUCCUGUUCGGCAACGCUCUUUCAAGAGAGAUUUCGAACGUGUCGCCGCAGAGACCUACUUGAUUACUCGCCUCACCUUCACGCUUCUUCAAUAUCUCGGGAUUGGUUACCGUUGGAUCACGAAAGUACUUGCCCUUGUAUGUUAUGCCAUGCUACUUAUGCCUGGUUUUCUGCAAGUUGCAUAUUACUAUUUCUUCUCAAGUAAGGUAAAACGAAGCAUUGUUUAUGGAGAUCAGCCUAGAAACAGGUUGGAUCUGUAUCUACCAUCUGAAAUCAGUGAACCUAAGCCAGUUUUGAUAUUUGUAACUGGGGGAGCAUGGAUUAUUGGGUAUAAAGCAUGGGGCUCCCUUUUAGGACUACAGUUGGCAGAGAGAGACAUUAUAGUGGCAUGCGUCGAUUACAGAAAUUUUCCUCAAGGAACCAUCAGUGACAUGGUAAAUGACACCUCUCAGGGAAUUUCAUUCAUCAUCAACAACAUAGCUAACUAUGGAGGCGACCCUAAUAGGAUUUAUCUAAUGGGGCAAUCUGCUGGUGCGCAUAUUUCGUCUUGUGCUUUACUGAACCAAGCAACAAGAGAAUCUCGAAAAGAAGACGGUGUGUCUUGGAGUAUUUCCCAAAUAAAAGCUUAUUUUGGUUUAUCUGGAGGAUACAAUUUAUUGGAUUUAGUCGAUCACUUUGACAAUCGUGGCUUGUAUCGUUCCAUUUUUAUAAGCAUAAUGGAAGGUGAAGAGUCUUUGAAGGAAUUUUCGCCUGAAAUCAAAAUUCAAGAUCCGUGUAUCAAGGAUUCCAUUCCUCUCCUGCCCCCUAUAAUUCUUUUUCAUGGAACUGGUGAUUAUUCCAUACCGUCAAUUGCCAGUGAACGGUUUGCUGAUGCUCUUAAGAAGGCAGGGGCAAGAGCUGACCUGAUUCUGUAUGAUGGGAAAACACAUACGGAUUUGUUUCUACAAGAUCCACUCCGAGGUGGUAAAGAUGAUCUAUUUGAUCAUGUGGUUGCUUUCGUACAUGCCAAUGAUAAUGAUGCCCUUGCAAAAGAUGCAACUGCACCCCCAAGAAGACGGUUUGUUCCUGAAAUUUUAUUGAAGUUGGCUCGCAAGAUCAGCCCCUUCUAAUUGCAUGUUUCGAUGAGCUUUUUUUCUCAAAAUUAUUUCUGAAGGAACUCACAGAACACAGAAAUUUUACUGUAGAAUUGAUAUUAGUUUUAUAAUUAAUUAUAGAAGAAUUUACGUUCAAAAAAUUAUAGAAGAAUUUCCGAAGCACGCGUAUAACUUUCUGGGUCUUUGAUCGAGUAUUAUUGUAUUUCUUAUUCGUGAACUUCCCCAUGGGCUUUAUUGCAUGUAUAUACGUCUCAAACUCUUCAUUCAUCGAGUCAUUUAUUUCGUUUUCUUACUCUUGGAGUCUAAUAUUUCUAACAAUUUCAGUUUUUGGAGAUCAUACUUUAUGUUUUUGUGCUUCGGAAAAUGACCAUACUUUUAUUUGAGUAUUUAGAAAUGAUUAAAGCCUCCAUUUAGAUCUAUUUCAUUUUAUUUUUAGGAGUGGUAAAAUGGGAUGGGUGAACAAAUUGGUCCAACUCGCUAUUGUUCCGUCAAAAAGUAGGUCAAGAUGAACUGACCCGUUUUCUUAUUUGGGUUGAAAGUCAUAGCCGAACUCAUAUUUGAGCGAGUAGGCCCAAUGAAGAAAAAAAUAGUUCCAACUUAUUGGGUUGACUCAUAAAAAAAUAAAAUAAUGCUGAAAAAACUUUAAAAAAUGGAAAAAACUCAAAGUAUUCACAGCAUAAAAUAUAGGCUUAAAUAACUUUUUUGUCUCUGCAAAAUUCCAUUUUUAUUUUUUUUCGCUUAGGAAUUUUUAUUUUGGUUUUUCAUCUUUCCAAUAUCAAAAGUUUUGUUUAUUGUCUUUCACUUUAACUUUUCCAUUACACAGUAGUAAAAAUAGACUUAUGGAGGACCCCACCUCCCACUCCUCCUUCCCCCUCCCCCCCUCCCACCAAGCUUAACUCACUUAUUCUAGAUAUUAACAAUGCUCAUCAUGCUUGAAGAAAAUCACAUAAAUUGUGCGUUGUUUUUGUUGUUUUUCCUGUAGCAAGACCUUUUCCCAUCUACACUUGAUCCAUACCCUUCAUCAAAGACCUCUCAAUGUCGUAUGUUCAACAAAAUGAAUGCCACAACUGAGAUGUAAUAAAAUAACACAAAAAAGGGGGUUUGAAUUGUGCUGUUAUAAGACUUGGUUUUUCAGAAGAUUAUUAUUUUCAAAACUUUUCCGCAAUUGUUUAGUGCAGCAGAUAAGUAAACAUAAGAGUAAACGAUAGAGACACACAAUUUUUAUACUGGUUCACCCCCUUAAACGAUAGGGCUACGUCCAGUCCUUGGUUUCACCAAUAUUUUACUAUCCACCAAGUAUCAAGGACUUUUUCUCCUUUACAAGUAUUCUCAAAGACUUCUCAUUUACAAGUAUUAUCAAGGACUUCUCCUAACUCAAGUAUUAUCAAGGACAUUUCCUACAAUCUUUUUCAAUAUCGUUUUCUUCUACAAAGUUCUCUUCUCACAAGAGUGAUAGUAGAAAGAUUCUAAGCUCAAGAACUACAAGCAGUCAUCUUCCACUGUGAGUAGUCAAUUUCAGGCACUGGUGGAAUGACCUUGCGAGCAUACAAAGUGUAGCUUAUUCCGGGUCCAGAUGCCAAGGUCCAUGAGUGCAGUGCAUAGCCAAACUCAGAAUGUGCAACCCGUUGAGCAAGACACUGCAAAAAUGAUGGCUUAGAUGCAGAGGUUGUUGUGGACGGUUGAAUCUUCCUUCUCUUUACAGAUUGUUGCACCAACGUCUGAAGACGCCUCUUGCGAACCUUAGAUGCUGCAAGGACAGUGCUAGCACUUGAAGGUGAUGUCAUUGCUUGGAUCUUGUUAAGUUGAUCAGCAGACGGUGGUUGUACUUAGGACUUUUCUUUCACCAAAAGUUGAGAGACAGUUCUCUCAUCAUCAGACGACUCAGUAGUGACCAUGUUGAGAUCAAAAAUUCUUACAUCAUCAUUCUCAUCCUCAUCGUCUUCGCCAUUGUUGACAAUCAGCUUCCGUUUGGGAAAGCCAGGUCCAGACGCAGGAGGCAUUGGAGGUGCAGUGGAUUUUCUCUUCAAUCGACUUCCAGUAGAUUCAGGAAGAGUUGAAGUUCUUUGAAUCAAUGGAGACGAGUGGCUAGAGCGAGUUCUUGAAGACACUGGUUGAUGCAUGAAGAGUGGUGCUCCUCCAGCUGUAACUCGCAUCGUCCUCCUUGAAGCUUGCUGACUUGUUUGAGGUUGCUUAGGUGGCAGUUGAGGUGGUUGUUGAACGGUUGGUUCAUCAUCAUCAGACGGUGCAGUCAUCUUCUCUUUUCCUUUUCCUUCAACAGUGGUGGUCUUCUUCUUCUUUGGCAGAAGUUUCUCAGGAACAGCAGAGUCAUCAUAGUCAAUUUCCAUCUUCUUCACAUCUCCAAGCUUGAUGGGGGGUAGGCCAUAUGAUGUCAUCAUCCAGACGAUGGGCAGUGUCAAGAUAAGGAAUCAAAAGUUCUUUCUUUUCCAGCAUAGUUGAAAUGAGGGACCCAAACGGUAGGUUCCCUGGUGGUUUCUCCAAGAACUUGAUCAAGUAAUAUCAUAUCAAGUGAGCAGGGUUCACCUUGGUUUUCUUCAAAAUCUUGUAAAGAGAAUAUCUUGCCUGCCCAUUCACAUGAUUCCUUGCACUCUCUUUUGGCAGCAUCACCUUGCUUAUCACAACAUGGUUGAAACGGCAUUCAUAAGACAUUAUGUCUACUAGUGAAUGUUGAACAUUAAUGUUAUUGAUAAAGUUAUAAUGCAUGUUUGACAGUUUAAGCUAACUAGUAUUUAAGUUUCUGAUUGUUAUCUAUUUUCAUACUUAUGUACACAUGUGAGAAUGAUAUUGAAAAUAGAAUUUUUCUUUGUAAAUGACAUUAUUAUAGAACAUAUUACGUACUCCCAAUUAAUGUGUCAUGUUAGGAAGAAUGCUAGUAUAGAGGUACAUGGAAGGGACUAUGUCAAGCAAAUGAUGUACAACCACCAUGACUCUUGUUAAUUUUUAUUCUUAAUUAUGAUUUAUGAUGUAAUGAAUAUAUGUAAUAUAUAUUAUGGUUA